ACUAUAGCUUUUACUUUUAGUUGCAACAAAAAACUGACUUGGAGACUGCUGACAAUGAUAUGUUGAUAGACAAAGCUCCUACAUUGGAUGUUCAAUCUGGAAAAACCAUUGGUGCAAAAUCUGCAGAAAUUAAAAAGGAAGAAGAGCUUUCAAAAGAAGAUUUUGAAGAAAUCGAAAAUGCUUUGGAAAACAUUGCAUCUGAAAAGAAUAAACUUCUGAUUGAAAAAGAAGAAAUUGAAGAUUUGAAAGAAGAAAUGGCUGAAUACAGACAGGAUAUUGAAGAAUUGAAGGAUGUUGUUCUUGAAACGGGUCACAAAGAAAUAAGGGAAUCAAAAGCAGCUUCGAGAUUAUCAAAUAAAGUAAACAAAAUGGUAUCCAAAAUGGAUGGUUUGAUUCAUAAUUUGACUGCAGAGAAAGUCAACCUGGAACAGCAGAUUCAAGACAAAGAAAAAGAAGGUGUAACACCUCUCAAAGAAAGGGAUGACAUUGUCAGCAUCAAUGACCUGGUUACAGCCAUAAGAAAGAUCCGAAAAGUAUCCGACGAGUCUAAGCUUCAACAGAUUGCUGAGGUUCUAGAAAAAUUGGACGUAGACAGAGAUGGUUCUGUUGAAAUUGAUGAUUUGUUGAAGGUAAUUUAUUGUUUUCAUACAAUGUGAAUAAUUAUAAAAAUA